AUGGUUAAAGAAAUAAAAAUGCUAGGUGUCACCAUUGACGACAAGUUGACUUUCAACAGCCACGUCUCGAAUGUCUGCCGCAAGGCUAUAAAUAUCUAUAAGAAGCUGUCCAGAGCCGCGAAAGCCAGCUGGGGGCUCCACCCAGAGGUAAUUCGGACAAUUUAUAUAGCUGUCAUGGAGCCCGUUAUCUUAUAUGCGGCCAGCGUGUGGGCACCCGCGGUAUACAAGCUGGGUACCCAGAAACAGCUGGGAAUUGUGCAGAGAGGCAUAGCACAGAAGAUUUGCAGAGCAUAUCGUACAGUCUCUCUCCACUCAGCGCUCAUCCUGGCGGGUACGCUCCCCCUUGAUCUUAGAGUGCGAGAGGUCGCUGCACUGUACAGGGCCAGGAGGGGCUCAGCGGUUCCGGAACUGUGUGGCCGUGAGGUGGAGAAGAUGACGUCAGCGGCCGGGAUGCCACAUCCUGCAGAGUGCACUAGAAUAGGGGUUACCCGCUUGGUUGACCAAGACGAUGUCGAAAUGCAUAGUGCAUUCGACAUUCGAAUCUUUACAGAUGGUAGUAAAAUCAACCACGGAGUUGGGGCUGCGCUCUCAGUCUGGAACAGCGAGGCUGAAAUAAAAACUCGCAAGCUCGUACUGCCCAGUUUCUGCACAGUUUACCAAGCGGAGCUCUUGGCGCUGUGCGUAGCAACUAAAGAGGCCAUGACCAUCAGAGCCAGAACGUUUGGUGUUUACAGCGACUCCAUGGCAGCUCUCCAAACUAUACAAAACUAUAGUUGCCUCCAUCCCCUGGCAGUGCAAGCCAGAGAAAAUAUCAAACGCAUAUCUCGUAAAGGAAAAACCAUACGCUUGCACUGGAUCAAGGCACACGUAGGGUUGGAAGGCAAUGAAAGAGCAGAUGAGCUCGCCAAAGGGGCGGCUGUAGAUACCAAAUGCAAACCGGAUUACGACCGAUGCCCGAUUGCAUACAUCAAGCGUGGUAUUCGUGCGGCCACGCUUGAUGAAUGGAACCGCAGGUACAAUUCCGGAGAAACGGCGUCAAUUACCAAACUGUUCUUCCCGGACGCGAAGGCGGCCUAUAAAAUUGUACGAAAACUUGUACCGACUUACCUGACUACACAAAUCAUGACGGGGCACGGUGGAUUUUCCGAAUACCUUAGUCGCUUUAAGUGCAAGGAGAGUCCAUCGUGCAUCUGCGACCCAGCACAAGCAGAGACAGUACAGCACUUGCUCUUGGUGUGUCCGAUCCACGCAGUGGAGAGGUUUGAAUUUGAGCAAAGAGUGCAGCACAACCUGACAGGCGCGGGCGACCCGCAGGCGGGCGUUUUAGAAGGCGCGUGGUUGACGGUCGCGAUGGACGGUCGCGACGAACGCGUGGACGCGACGUGUGCCGCGGAUGAGCGCAGGGCUGGAACCGAGGCCGCAUCCAUCGACGCGGGAGCUUUGCUCACGUGUAUUGGGGAUACGGAAGCGGCGGCCGCGACGGAGGCCGCUUCUGAGUUCGCGGCGUGA